GUUAUAAUGAAGGAAGAGCUGUUUUCGAGCUUCUAAAGGAACAAGCUAAGCUAUCUCAGCUGAUCUUGCAGACGCUUUAUAUACCGGGAUUAAGGUAGAAGCUUCAUCAUUGGAUUAGGAUCCAAGAAAACAGAAAUUUUGUGUUGUGGACAUGUUUAUGUUCUGUCGGAAUGUCUCUCUGCAGGUUUAUGCCCACAAAAACAAACAAGAGAAUACAAGAAAUCGACUCUGAAAUCUCGGAUAUUCUAAAGGAUAUCAUAAGAAAAAGGGAGAAGGAUAUCGAGAAUGGCGAGGGCCUGGGUGACGAUUUGUUAGGAUUGCUUCUGGAAUCGAACUCUCGGCCAGAUCAAGAACACUGGAUGAAUAUUCAAGAAGUGAUCGAGGAGUGUAAGCUGUUUUACUUUGCAGGGCAGGAGACUACUGCGGUACUUUUGGUUUGGACGAUGGUUUUGUUGGGUCAGCACCAAGAAUGGCAGGAACGUGCGAGAGAGGAAGUUCUACGAGUUUUCGAUCGAGAAAAACCCGACUUUGAUCAGCUGAAUCAUCUCAAAGUCGUAACUAUGGUACUGUACGAGGUUCUUAGGUUGUACCCGCCUCUUGUCGCAUUCAACAGAGCCAAUAACAAAGAAACGAAGGUAGGAGACAUUACUAUUCCGUCAGGCACUGUCAUUACCUUGCCGGUCAUACUGAUCCACCGCGACACCGACCUCUGGGGCCCCGACGCAGCCGAGUUCAGGCCAGAUAGAUUCGCCGAGGGAGUUUCCAAGGCUACGAGGAACCAAGCAGCAUCGUUCAUGCCGUUCGGGUCGGGACCGAGGAUUUGCAUUGGCCAAAACUUUGCGUUGACGGAAGCCAGGAUGGCCAUGGCCAUGUUCUUGCAGAGGUUCUCGUUCGAGCUUUCGCCUUCUUACGCCCAUUCCCCCCACAUCGCAAUCACCCUUCACCCCCAGUUUGGCGCCCAGUUAAAACUACGCAGACUCUGACAAAAAAUCCCAACACGUACGGAAUCGUUUGUUAAUCUUAUGAUCCCAUUUGUAUGUAAUAAUAAUGCAUUUAUCAUUUAUUAUUAGAAAAAUUUUAUAUAUACAACGACAGUAUUGAAUUCAA